GGAAGAUCGGGUUUACAUAUGGGAACAAUAUAUAUUUGGCGCAGUCUGAAGUUGGAUUUUUCAUACUCCUAAAAUUCAUGACGGGGUUUAUUUGCAGUGGAUGUGUUUAAAUAACCUUGUGGAAUUAUGCCUGUAUCAAUGAGGACAUCUUUUGUUUCAUAUCUGGUGCUCGUGCUACUGGAGUGCUGCUGUAAAGCAGAGUCUGGGCAGCUCGCCUAUUCCGUGUUAGAGGAAGUGAAUCCGGGGACUUCUGUAGGAAAUAUCGCUAAGGAUUUAAACAUCGGCAUUCAGGAGUUGGAGUCCCGCAUGUUUCAGAUAGUUACUGGAUCAAAAAGAAAAUAUUUCGACGUAAAUGUAAAGACUGGUGUUCUCUAUGUUAAUGAGAGGAUAGACCGAGAGGAGCUCUGUGUGAAGGAACCUAAAUGCACAGUCAGUGUAGAAGCCGUGAUAAACAGCCCGUUGAAGCUUUAUCGCUUAGAAAUAAAUAUAUUAGAUGUAAACGACAACGACCCGCUAUUCACCGAAAAAUCUCAAACUUUGGACAUAGCAGAGAAUACACUGCCUGGAAUGAAAUUCGCUUUGUCAGAGGCUAUCGAUGCAGAUGUAGGUAAGAAUACGGUGAAUGCGUUUAAAUUGACAUCAAAUGAAUAUUUUUCUCUCGCUACAAUCAAAGGAGAAAGCGUGUCAGCCGAAUUAGUUUUGCAGAAAACACUUGAUCGAGAGAAACAGCCUGUGAUACAUCUCACCGUGACUGCUAUAGAUGGAGGGACUCCACCUAGAUCUGGCACAUCACAGGUUAUUAUUCAUGUUUUAGACAUAAAUGAUAACCCACCAGUGUUUAGUAGUUCCUUGUACAAAACUCGUAUAUAUGAAAACACCCGAAUAGGGACAACCGUGAUUACACUAAAUGCAACCGACGCAGACGAGGGGACAAAUGGUGAGAUAGUGUAUUCGUUAAGAAGUAAAGGUCAAGAUCGCAUAUUAGAGUUGUUUCAUAUUGAUCCCAUAGCGGGUGCGAUAAUGAUCAAAGCUAAUGUCGAUUAUGAGGAAAAUAAAGCCUUCGAGAUCCGUGUAGAAGUAAACGAUAAGGGUCAGCCACCAAUGUCUGCACACUGUAAAGUGCUGGUAGAAGUAAAUGAUGAGAAUGACCAUGCCCCAGAGAUCACUGUGACGCCUUUGUUAAAUACAGUGAAAGAGGACGCUGACGUAGGAACUGCUAUUGCACUUGUGUCAUUUGUCGACAAAGAUGGUGGCAAAAACGGUGAUGUGAAAUGUAAAAUCUUAAAUGAGGUUCCAUUUAAACUAGAGACAAACUACAAAAACUAUUAUUCUCUAGUUGUUGACGGGGCUCUUGACAGAGAAAUUGCCUCCAGCUACAACGUCACCAUAUUAGCUAACGAUGAGGGGACCCCUCGCCUCUCCAACACGAGUGUUAUUACUAUUCACGUCUCUGAUGUAAAUGACAACCCGCCUCGUUUCUCAGAAGCAGUGGUCAAUGUUUACGUGAAAGAAAACAAUAAAGUCGGGGUAAUUAUUAAAACGGUAUCUGCAUCUGAUGCUGACAUUGCCCAUAACAGCCAGGUGAAAUAUUCAUUUUUACAAACUGACAGUAACUCGCUGCCUCUCUCGACAAUGAUUAACAUUAACUCAGAGACUGGAGAUAUAGUCAGCCUGCAGUCUUUUAACUACGAGGAGUUAAAAACGUUUCAGUUCAAAGUUCAGGCCACAGACUCUGGUGUUCCUCCGCUCAGCAGCAACGUGACUGUGAACGUUUGUAUCCUGGAUGAGAAUGACAACAGUCCCGCGAUCCUCGCGCCCUAUUCUGAGCACGGCUCCGUUAACAGUGAGAGCAUCCCCUAUUCUGCUGAAGCGGGAUACUUUGUGGCAAAGAUCAGGGCUGUAGACGCAGACUCUGGAUACAACGCGCUGCUUUCUUAUCACCUGUCUGAACCCAAAGGAAACAACCUCUUCCGGAUCGGAACCAGCACCGGGGAGAUCAGGACUAAGAGGAGAAUGAGUGACAAUGACCUGAAAACUCACCCCUUGGUGGUGCUGGUUUCUGAUAACGGAGAGCCCUCCCUGUCAGCUACUGUGUCUAUUGAUGUGGUGGUGGUUGAAAGCACAGCUGACAUCCAGACUCAGUUCAGACAUGUGCCCAUAAAGGAGGACAGCUUCUCUGAUUUGAACCUGUAUCUGCUGAUCGCCAUUGUGUCGGUGUCAGUGAUCUUUCUGCUGAGCCUCAUCAGUUUAAUAGCUGUGAAAUGCCACAGGACAGACGGCAGUUUCAGCAGGUACAGCGCCCCAAUGAUCACCACCCACCCUGACGGGAGCUGGUCUUACUCUAAAGCUACUCAGCAGUAUGACGUGUGUUUCAGCUCCGACACACUGAAGAGUGACGGUGUUUUCCCCGCACCGUUUCCGCCUGUAGAUGCGGAGCUGAUCAGUAUAAACGGAGGAGACACUUUCACCAGAACUCAGACUUUACCUAACAAAGACAAGGUAAGGUGCAUAAAGUAG